GGGCCGCGUCAGCUCGGGCAGGGCCCGGGAAGGCCGAGGGAUGCCAGCCCCACACCGGGCCCACCCCGACUCGCCGUGGCUGGCACCGCAGGAGGGGGUUCCCGCCCGGAACACCCAGGAUGAGGUGUCCAGCUGCACCGGCCAUCUCCACGUGGCUCCAUGCCAUUCCCAGAAGCGCCACCAAGGCCUUGCUGGGACGGACGGCACAGCUGGAGCCAGCAGAGAUGCGCAGCUCCCGCAGCACGGCGGUGCCUCAGUUUCCCCUCGGGACGCUGCAGCGGGACCGCAGUGUGGGGCAUCCAAGCGAGCACGAAGGAGCAGCAGCAGCAGCCCCACAGCUCGGCCCUGCCACCCCGCUGCUUGCCCCCGGGCAUGCGGCCGCUCCGGCGCCACGGCGGGGGUGGCUCUGGGGGGCUGGAGCCCAUCCCAGCCCCGUCACCGCACGCAAGCCGGAAAAGUUCAUCCACAGCCAUCGCAGGCAGGGACUGCCCGAGUGUCCCGGGGCCGGGCAGCAGCAGCCAGCGGGAGAAGAUGCCCGGCGGGAGCGUGUGGGUGCUGGUGCUGGCGCUGGCGCUGGCACUGCCCAGCACUGGACAGCAGCACCUGGAGGAGGCCGAGCGCAUCAUGAGCACCACGCCGGUCAUCGACGGGCACAACGACCUGCCCUGGCAGCUCCUCCGGAAGUUCAACAACCAGCUGAGGCUGCCAGCCGCCAACCUGACCCUGCUGAACGACACCCACACCAACAUCCCCAAACUGCACCAAGGGCACGUGGGCGGGCAGGUGCCCACACUGACGGGGUGCCCGGGCAGUUCUGGUCGGUGUUCGUGCCCUGUGAGACGCAGAACAAGGACGCGGUGAGGCGCACGCUGGAGCAGAUGGACGUGGUGCAGCGCAUGUGUGACCUGUACCCCGAGACUUUCUCCUGUGUCACCGACAGCAGCGGCAUCCGGGAGGCGUUCCGGGCCGGGAAGGUGGCCAGCCUGAUCGGGGUGGAGGGCGGCCACUCCAUCGACAGCAGCCUGGGCGUCCUGCGCACCCUGUACCGCCUGGGUGCCCGCUACAUGACCCUCACCCACAGCUGCAACACCCCCUGGGCUGACAACUGGCUGGUGGACACCAGCGAAGAAGAACCUGUGCACCACGGCCUCUCACCCUUUGGGAAGAUGGUGGUGGAGGAGAUGAACCGCCUGGGCAUGAUCGUGGACCUGGCCCAUGUCUCAGUGGACACGAUGAAGGUGGUGCUGAACAUCUCCAAGGCCCCCGUCAUCUUCAGCCACUCCUCUGCCUACAGCAUCUGCCAGCACCGCCGCAAUGUGCCCGACGACGUGCUGCAGCUGGUGGCCUCCACGGGCAGCUUGGUGAUGGUCAACUUCUACAAUGCCUACGUGACCUGCAGUGACAAGGCCAAGCUGUCCGACGUGGCAGACCACAUGGACCACGUGAAGAAGGUGGCUGGUGCCCAGGCUGUCGGCUUCGGGGGGGACUACGACGGGGUCACGGGGGUCCCCACCGGCCUGGAGGACAUCUCCAAGUAUCCCAUGCUGGUGGCCGAGCUGCUGGCGAGGAACUGGACGGAGCAGGAGGUGAGGGGAGCCCUGGCUGAGAACCUGCUCCGGGUCUUCAGCAGAGUGGAGGAGGUGAAGAGGAGCCUGCAGGGCACGGCUCCCCACGAGACCCCCAUCGCCUUCGAGGAGCUGGAGGGGUCGUGCAGAACCAGCUACGGGUACCCCAGCGGCGCGGGCACAUCCCGGGCCCCGCCGGCAGCCCUGGCACCGCCGCUGGCCCUGGCCCUGCUCCUGGCCGUGCUCUCCUAGCGCCCGGCUGCCACCGCGGCCCUGGCACCGUGCCCGGGGCCGCCGGGCGGGGCACGACCCUCGCUCCUUUCUGCCGGACCUGCCGGCAAAAUAAAACCGCGGCUCGAGCAGCGCCCGCAGCAGCGAGCGAGUGUCCGUCCGUGCGCGGCUCUGCGGCACCGCCGCCGGCUCCCGGCUGGGGAGGCUGGGACACCCGGCGUGUCACCGGGCACCUCGAAUGUCACCGGGCACCCCGGUGUGACACCGGGCAUCCCGCGUGUCACCGGGCAUCCCGCGUGUCACCGGCGGGGCAGAGCCGCGGGGUCCCGGCGCGCCCGCCCCGCACACCGGGAGGCUGUA